AUGGCUGCUCGUGCCUGCCGACUGCUGAAACAUCUCAGGAUACCUGUAGUCUCUUCCUUCCAUCCCCUCAUUUCUCGUCCGUUCGCCUCAGUCCGAGGCUCCUCAAAUGCCGUUUCCCUUCCUUUCCCCCACUCAAACCAGGCGGGUCGUCGCACCACAGCAUGGCCGCACGUGCUUGACGGCUGCUGGGCCUAUUGUCCCCCUCGUUACACCCGCUGCCUCCUUCCCACCCCUUUUCUCUCCUCUCAUUCCCCCUUCCACCAGGCGGGGGGCGGUAGUGGCGAUCUGGGUGCGUCUCUGGUCUCCGCGCUCUUCCCCAAAGCGUCUGAUCCGGCUCCUGUCGUGUUCUUUCACGUGUGUGUGGGAGUGCGGUCUCCUCGAGGCAUCACCUCUGUCACUCGUGUUCCCAGGAGGUUCUCCGACUUCAUCAAUCUCUACAGCAUGCUUCUCCGUUCCUUCGAUCGUCGUCGCCUCCCCGCCCCUCCCCCCAAGCUGCCACUGCAACGAAUUUCCACGGAUAACUAUCGCUUGGAGCAGCGGCGCCGUGCUCUAGAUGCGUGGCUGCAGCAACUAUUAGAUGACGUGGAGGUGUCGCGCUCUCGCCCCAUGGCAGCUUUUCUAGAGCUUGAAAGGGUUGCUAGAGCAGAGGACGAGGUGGGGGAGGAGGGGGAGAGAGGGGAGGGGGGAGCAGAGGAGGACGAGAACCAACCGCAGCACCAGCAGGAGGAGGAGGAGGAGGAGGAGGAGGAGGAGGAGGAGGAGGAGGAGGAGGAGGAGGAGGAGGAGGAGGAGGAGGAGGAGGAGGAGGAGGAGGAGGAGGACAAGAAGGAGGAGAAGGAGGAAAAGUGGGAGUGGGAGGCUUAA